AGAUACUGUUUAUUUUAUUUUCUGGGGGAUUUCUGGAAUGGCUUAUUCCUCUUAUGAGAUUAGAAACAAAGCAUUGGUCUUAGUAUAAUAUUAUUUCAACCAGGGCUUCUUAUGCUGCCUGAUAUGGGGAACCAACAGGAUCCUCAUCUUUUCCAAUAUGCCAGUGACUAAGCAUUACGCAGGAGAGAUAAGUUUGAAUCCAAUGAAGGGCACACUUUCCAACCAAGAUAGUGUGGAAUGAUGAAGCUACAUUCAAAUUAAAUAUCAGUCACAGUAGCGUAAACAUAAUAAUGAUCUAAUUCAUCCUCCUGAUGAUAAGCCACACCACACUGUAACUUCUGGUAAAUUAAUAUGAUAACAUGGGUUAUCAAGUCCCCAGUAAAUGCAGUUGUGAUGGCCAGUUAAUUGAACCAUUUAAUUUGAAUGUAACCUUAUCACUCCACUCUUCCCUGGACUGGCUGAGAAGUAUCUCAAGCAUUGCUUUCAGAAUGGGAAUCUGUUGGUGUCCUGUCCAAAAAGUUUCCAGAAAAGAAACAGAUGGAACCAAUGGGCAUUGAUCUUGGAAAUGGGUUCCCAAACUCUCAUCUUCCAAGUGUUUUGCACUUUCAACUCAUGGAAGCCUCAGCUGUCUUUGUCAAAGAUCAAGGAUGCUGGGAAAUGAAGUCCAAAAUGCCUGGAGGACUAGAGUUCUUGAGCAUUGGCUUCUGGAGAGCCUCCGGAAAGAAAAAGAUGAUCUUUCUCUUAGACUCAUCUACACGGCCAUAUAAAAUCCAGACUAUCUGCUUUGGAUUUAUAUGAGUCUACACUGCCAUAUAAUCCAGUUCAAAGAAAAUAUUAUUUAUCAUUUACUUACAGUAUUUAUAUUCCACCCUUCUCACCUUGAAGGGGACUCAGGGCAGAUCACAAUGCACACAUGCACAGCAAACAUUCAAUGCCGUUUUAGUACUUCAUCACACUAGAGAAAAUCCACUUAAAAUCCGGUUUCUGCCUCCUGCAGAAUUUUGAAGUUUGUAAUUUAGUGAGGCUGUUAAAGGCUCCUCUCUAAACUACAAACCCCAGUAUUCUGCAGGAGGCAGAAACUGGAUUUUAAGUGUAUUUUUUCUCUAGUGUGAUGAGGCCCUUAGACACACAGGACAGACAGAGGCAUUUCGGUAUUUUCCAACUUCGGUGCCUGGAGGUUAUGCUCAAUUCCGACGAUGAGCCCUUUUUGAUUGUAGUAUUUCCUCCUUGUUCUUUGAUCUCCGGCAUUUUUAUGGUGUCAUAAAAUACCUCCCCCAUUUAUGCCUAAUUUCUCUACUCACAACUCCGCUUUUUUCGAACUGCUUAGGUGAACAGUAAGCUAGGCUAACAGUCAGGUGCUCAAUCCGAACUUGUCAAUCUUCCAGUUGGCAGUAAUCUAUUGCUGCUGGAAAUUAACCAGCUGAAUUUUAUAUGUCAGUGUAGAUGGGACUUUAACCCUCCCGAUUCCAACCAUUCCCUUCUGCUGCAAUCUUGGCAUGGAGCUAGUAAUCCUCUUUCUGGAGUUGGGACUCUAACUGUCAUCAUCCCAAACUACAACUGGGGCUGAUGGAACAUCUGGAAGGUCUCUCCAGUCUAAAGACAUUAAUUGAUAUUGUUUUGAUUUUGGUUUUUGUAUGUUUUAUAGCAGGCGCGGGCAAACUUGGGCCUUCCAGGUGUUUUGACUUCAACUCCCACAAUUCCUAACAGCCGGUAGGCUGUUAGGAAUUGUGGGAGUUGGAAGUCCAAAACACCUGGAAGGCCCAAGUUUGCCAAUGCCUGGUCUAAACCCACCAUCAUGGCUGCUGGUUUUGAUGCAUUAGCAGUUCUGGGAGUUGUAGUCCAAAUAAUAACUUUUCCAAACUCCUCCCUAUUAAGUGAUAAUAACACUUUGAAAUGUGGAGUAAAGGAGGGAGGAAUCCACAUCUAAUAUGAGCCCAUGAGGUAAGUUUUGCUUUAUUUUGUGCACCUUUCUUUCCUUGUCUUCCAUAUUUGGACUGCACAAGCAAAGAGCGGUUGUACCCAUUCACAGAUCAGGUGUAGGAAUGUUUAUUUCACAAAACUAAUGGGGAAAAUGAACAAGCAACACAAUGAGUUAGUUUUUCCAACAGUGUGAUGACAAUAAAUUUCUCCAAGCUGUGCAAAUAUAUCUCUUACGAUUUGGAAAAAUGAUCAAUUGCAUUGUUCUCACUUUUUGGGAUCACAGGAACCGCUGAGUGUGUCGAGAUUGCUGUUUCGGAGCCACGUUUUUGUAUUUUAAUGCAAUCCAAACCUGCAUGUAGCCUGUUGAAUAAACAAUGUCGGAAGAGCACAGUAAUAUAAAAUGAUAGGUCACAUUUUGGAGGAAAGACAAUGUAAGAAGUGUGGUUGGUGUAGCAGGAAAAGGAACAUUUUCCCACAAAAUAGCUGGCCACAAAGAUAACAGUUGCCUGCAUGUUUUGUCCUCCAUUCUGCCUCUUAACAGCAGAAAGAAUGGGAAGUAAAUAAUAAUAAUAAUAAUAAUAAUAAUAAUAAUAAUAAUAAUAAUAAUAAUAAUAAUACAUCACACAGUCCUAGACACUUGGGAAGUGUUCGACUUGUGAUUUUGUGAAAUGAAAUCCAGCAUAUCUAUCUUGUUUGCUGUGUCAUAUAAUAAUAAUAAUAAUAAUAAUAAUAAUAAUAAUAAUAAUAAUAAUAAUAAUAAUACAUUAUUUAUAUACCGCUUCAUCUCCUUGAGAGGUCUCAGGGUGGUUUCCAAUAAUAAUACUUUAUUUUUAUAUCCCGCCUCCAUCUCCCCGAAUGGACUUGAGGUGGCUUGGAUGAAUAAAACAGCAAACCAAAAUAAAAUAGCAUCAGAAAAUACAGACGUAAAACAUAAAUUAACACUCUAAACAUAGUAAAAAUCCAAAAUGAUAAUCAUAGUAAAAACAUGGAUUUGGCACCCAAGUAAAGGGGAUGAUGAUGAUGAUAAUAAUAAUAAUAAUAAUAAUAAUAAUAAUAAUAAUAGGGAAGUGUUCGACUUGUGAUUUUGUAAUAUGAAAUCCAGCAUAUCUAUCUUGUUUGCUGUGUCAUAAAAUAAUAAUAAUAAUAAUAAUAAUAAUAAUAAUAAUAAUAAUAAUAAAGUUUAUUUGUAUCCUGCCACCAUGUCCCCCAGAGGGGACUCGGGGCAGCUCACAGAAAUAUCAAAUACAAAACAAUAACAAUAUACAAUACAUCAAUAAACAAUAACAUGCACCAAUUGUAAUAUUUGCACAUUAACCAAAAAGAAUAAAAACACACUUAAUAAAAACAUAGAAUUUAAAAACAGUGAGGUUGUAAUAGUAGAUUAGCAAAGUGCACAUUGUAAGUUGUUAACUCAAAACAUAGGUAAAGUGCUACAGAUUCGUUUGAGGUCAAUUUGGGAUAAAACAAACUGGGUAAAGUGCAACGAGUAAGUAUUGUAAACAAGGUAGUUGAUUAAGUGCUACCGUCAAUGGGAGAGCAACUUUAUGUUCCAACAUGAACAUAAAAAACAUUCAAUUGUCAAAAAACACCAUACAACAAAGUUAAACACAGUCAACAUAAUAAGCACACAUCUGUGUUUUAGAUGGAUUAGGAAUCAGCUGUUUUUCCCUGUAAUAGGCAGUAAGAGCACCUAAAGCUUUAGAGCUUCUGUCCAACCGUUUCAAAGCUUCCUGCUUGAGCGGUGAUGGCAUGAUCGUUACGUUAGCAUAGAUAAAUGGCUGGUCAUUUGUGUAAAAUAUUCAAGAUUAAUGGAGCAAGCACUGAGACAGGCCAUUCUGUUUUCUCCAUCUGCUUCUCUCACCCUGGAACUCAACAAAAACCUCCUGUUUUGUAGCAAAUUUUCUAUGAAGCGGGUUUGGUGAUAAUCCUUUGUGAUAUACAUUUUUAUCAGGAGGAGGCAAACAUUUACUGUAUCUUAUGCUGCUGACAGGUCUAUGAAGACAGCUCCUGUAAUCUUGUGUCUUUCAAAACCAUCUAUGUGCUAAGUCAGGUCCAACACUUGUGGUGUGUAGCUUUUGCCUCUCCUGAAGCCAGCUUGCUUUGGAAUCAAACAUGGGUCUAUUUUUUCCAUAAUUCUAUGCAAAAUGGGUCUCUCCAGAACUUUGUAAAGAUGGCACAACAAGGAGAUUGGUCUAUAGUUUUUCGGAUCAUUGUGGUCUUUGCCUGGUUUAUAAAACUUUGUAUCUUGCACAAAACUAUCCAUCUAUCCUUCUAUCCAUCUAUUCAUCUAUCCAUCUAUCCUUCUAUCCAUCUAUUCUUCUAUCCAUCUAUCCUUCUAUUCAUCUAUCCUUCUAUCCAUCUAUCCUUCUAUCCAUCUAUUCUUCUAUCCAUCUAUCCUUCUAUCCAUCUAUCCUUCUAUCCAUCUAUUCAUCUAUCCUUCUAUCCAUCUAUUCUUCUAUCCUUCUAUCCUUCUAUCCAUCUAUCCUUCUAUCCAUCUAUUCAUCUAUCCAUCUAUCCAUCUAUCCAUCUAUUCUUCUAUCCAUCUAUCCUUCUAUCCAUCUAUCCAUCUAUCCUAUCCAUCUAUCCAUCUAUCUUUCUAUUCAUCUAUUCUUCUAUCCAUCUAUCCUUCUAUCCAUCUAUCCCUCUAUCCUUCUAUCCAUCUAUCCUUCUAUCCAUCUAUUCUUCUAUCCAUCUAUCCAUCUAUUCUUCUAUCCAUCUAUCCUUCUAUCCAUCUAUUCUAUCCAUCUAUCCUAUCCAUCUAUCUCUCUAUUCAUCUAUUCUUCUAUCCAUCUAUCCAUCUAUUCUUCAUCUAUUCUUCUAUCCAUCUAUCCUUCUAUCCAUCUAUCCUUCUAUCCAUCUAUUCUUCUAUCCAUCUAUCCUUCUAUCCAUCUAUCCUAUCCAUCUAUCCAUCUAUCUUUCUAUCAAUCUAUUCUUCUAUCCAUCUAUCCAUCUAUUCUUCAUCUAUUCUUCUAUCCAUCUAUUCUUCUAUCCAUCUAUCCUUCUAUCCAUCUAUCCAUCUAUCCUAUCCAUCUAUCCAUCUAUCUUUCUAUUCAUCUAUUCUUCUAUCCAUCUAUCCUUCUAUCCAUCUAUCCCUCUAUCCUUCUAUCCAUCUAUCCUUCUAUCCAUCUAUUCUUCUAUCCAUCUAUCCAUCUAUUCUUCUAUCCAUCUAUCCUUCUAUCCAUCUAUUCUAUCCAUCUAUCCUAUCCAUCUAUCUCUCUAUUCAUCUAUUCUUCUAUCCAUCUAUCCAUCUAUUCUUCAUCUAUUCUUCUAUCCAUCUAUCCUUCUAUCCAUCUAUCCUUCUAUCCAUCUAUUCUUCUAUCCAUCUAUCCAUCUAUCCUUCUAUCCAUCUAUCCUAUCCAUCUAUCCAUCUAUCUUUCUAUCAAUCUAUUCUUCUAUCCAUCUAUCCAUCUAUUCUUCAUCUAUUCUUCUAUCCAUCUAUUCUUCUAUCCAUCUAUCCAUCUAUCUUUCUAUCCAUCUAUCCUUCUAUCCAUCUAUCCAUCUAUUCUUCUAUCCAUCUAUCUUUCUAUCCAUCCAUCCUUCUAUCAUCUAUCUAUCUAUCUAUCUAUCUAUCUAUCUAUCUAUCUAUCUAUCUAUCUAUCUUUUUCUGGAUGACCAUAAUCAUUCAUCUCAAUGAAACAAGCUUUAUUUACUGCAGAAAUUUAUCUAUCUAUCUAUCUAUCUAUCUAUCUAUCUAUCUAUCUAUCUAUCUAUCUAUCUAUCUAUCUAUCUAAUGACCUUCAAGCUAUUAUGUUUAUGAUGUAUAUGAAACCAUCAGAAUGUCCUGUUUAGAUCCACGUCCCAUUUUUAAGAAACCUCAUUAUGCAUGCAUAUGCAAAUAUAGGUACUCCAAAAUCUGCCGCUAAGCAUUUUGGAUCAAGGAGACUCCACCGAUACUAUUGAAUAAAUGUGCAUAAAAUCAAACCAAGUAUUGGUAAGAUCCCGGGGAAUCAUCCCAUAAGCGUAAGAGGAAUGUUUUAAUCUAGAUUUCAAACCCAAUUGUCACUGUUUAAGCAACUGGAUGCAUGACUGUAGAAAAAGGAACAGAAAUGAAAAAUCGAACCACUUAUUUAAAUGUUUUUCCCAAAAUGGCCAAUCGGCGUAAUCCUUACAUUUUGGAAGGAAAAUGCAGUUAGUUAAUUUUUGCUUCAAAGAUGUUGCUGGAACUGGCGGGAAACUGGUUUUCGAAGAAAGUGACCUCGACAAAGACCGAAGAAGAAUCCGCGAACUGCCUGCGCCGAAGUCACGGUAUUGUUGCUGCAGCUGGUGUUGUGAAUCAGGCCGACAAAAAGCGCAUCUUACUAUCCGGCUAUUUCACUACACCAGGGUUGCAUCAUACCACUUGCCACCCGCUCGGACAUCUUGCUCCCUUCGCUUCGGCCUCGUUGUUCCUGAGAUUGUGUCCUGUAAACAAAACAAAUAAAAGUGCUCUUUGAAUUACUUAUAUGCAUAUGUGAGCUUGUGUGUAAAUACAUUGUUGUGUAUAUGUUGUCGAAGGCUUUCAUGGCCGGAAUCACUGGGUUGCUGUGAGGUUUUGGGGCUGUAUGGCCAUGUUCCAGCUGCAUUUCCUCCUGACAUUUCACCUGCAUCUGUGGCUAAUGGCAUCUGUUGGCAGUGAAGCAAGUGGUGAGUAUAUCUAUAUAUAUAAAAGAGUGUUGGAAUCCUGGCGACUGGCAAAACCACAAAACUAAAGGCCACCCAACCUCGAAAAUUGACAGCACAACCCUUCAUCCACGCCUCUAGGUUGAUACAAGAAAAAGAAAAGAAAAAUAAAGUCCUAAUUAGAGGGAGAGGAAUCAUUGUUUUUUAUCCAAUUGCUGCCAGUUAGAAGGCUAAGCUCUGCCCACUUGGUCUCCUAGCAACCCACUCAGCCCAGGGGACAGGCAGAGUUAGGCCUCACUUAGGCCUCUUCCACACUGCCUAUAAAAUACAGAUUAUCAGAUUUUAACUGGAUUAUAUGGCAGUGUAGACUCAAGGCCCUUCCACACAGCUAUAUAACCCAUUUAUAAUCUUAUAUUAUCUGCUUUGAACUGGAUUAUUUGGACUCCACACUGCCAUAUAAUCCACUUCAGUGUGCAUUUUAUACAGCUGUGUAGAAUGGGCCUCAUAUAAUCCAGUUCUAAGCAGAUAAUAUAAGAUUAUAAAUAUAAUAUGUAAUCAUUACUGUGAUAUAAUAUUACAGAACAAUAUAAUCUCUAAAAUCAGGACAGUAAAUAAAGAGCAAUGCUCUGAAAGCAUAAGCCACAGCAACGCGUGGCUGGGCAAAGCUAGUGUGAAAUAAUGUCCAGGGUGGGAGAGAGAACUCUUGUCUCUUUGAAACAAGUGUGGGUGUUGCAAUUAGCAAGCUUGAUUAGCAUUAAGUAGUCAUAAGACUGCAAAGACAAUCUGUAAGGAUAUCUGCAUAGCGGUAGCCUAGCCUUUGUUGCCUGGAGGCAUCCUCUGUUUGGGAGGAAUUAAUUGGUCCUUGACUGUCUGGAAUUUCCCUGAGUGGUGUUCUCCAUUUGCUGCCUUGAUUCUGAUGUUUUUUAAUACAGUAGAGUCUCACUUAUCCAACAUUCGCUUAUCCAACAUUUCGGAUUAUCCAACGCAGUUUACCUCCCGCCCGGAUCCACAGCUGUUUCUCUAGGCAGCAAGGAUUGAAGUUUUUUUAAUGGAUUUAAUAUCUGACAAUGUUGUUCAUUUUAUGCAAUUCUACGUUUAUUUAUAGUCAAUAUGUUAGUAGCCAAUGUUUUUUUAAGUCAAUUUUUUCAAUACAUUGCGAUGUUUUGGUGCUAAAUUCGUAAAUACAGUAACUACAGUAGAGUCUCACUUAUCCAAGCCUCGCUUAUCCAAGCCUCUGGAUUAUCCAAGCCAUUUUUGUAGUCAAUGUUUUCAAUAUAUCGUGAUAUUUUGGUGCUAAAUUCGUAAAUACAGCAAUUACAACAUAACAUUACUGCGUAUUGAACUACUUUUUCUGUCAAAUUUGUUGUAAAACAUGAUGUUUUGGUGCUUAAUUUGUGAAAUCAUAACCUAAUUUGUGGUUUAAUAGUCUUUUCCUUAAUCCCUCCUUAUUAUCCAAGAUAUUCACUUAUCCAAGCUUCUGCCGGCCCGUUUAGCUUGGAUAAGUAAGACUCUACUGUACUACAUAAUGUUACUGUGUAUUUAACUGCUUUUUCUGUUGAUUUGUUGUAAAACAUGAUAUUUCGGUGCUUAAUUUGUAAAAUCAUAACAUAAUUUGACAUUUAAUAGGCUUUUUUUUCCCUUAAUCCCUCCUCAUUACCCAACAUUUUUGCUUAUCCAACGUUCUGCCGGCCCAUUUAUGUUGGAUAAGUGAGACUCUACUAUACUGCUAACCUGGUUUUUUUCACUUCAGAGAGUAAACAAUCAAGGGCCAGUUCACAUCUUCCAAACAGAGGAUGCCUUCAGACAACAGAGGCCAGGCUACCUCUGUGCCGAGACCCUCACUGAUUGACUUUCCAGCUUCAUGACUACUCAGUGCUGUUCAAGCUUGCUAAUGGCAACAUUCACUCUUGCUUAAUAAUAAUAAUAAUAAUAAUAAUAAUAAUAAUAAUAAUACGGCACUCAUAUUUGGGUGCCGUGCCAAAAGAUCUCAGCCGACAUUUGGAAACAAUAGACAUUGACAAAAUUACGAUCUGCCAACUGCAAAAGGCCACCCGACUGGGAUCUGCACGCAUCAUCCAAAAAUACAUCACACAGUCCUAGGCACUUGGGAAGUUUGACUUGUGAUUUUGUGAUACGAAAUCCAGCAUAUCUAUCUUGUUUGCUGUGUCAUAAUAAAAUAAUAAUAAUAAUAAUAAUAAUAAUAAUAAUAAUAAUAAUAAUAAUAAUAAUAAUAAUAAUACAUCACACAGUCCUAGACACUUGGGAAGUGUUCGACUUGUGAUUUUGUGAUACGAAAUCCAGCAUGUCUAUCUUGUUUGCUGUGUCAUAAUAAAAUAAUAAUAAUAAUAAAACUUAUAUACCACCCUAUCUCCCGGAUGGGACUCAGGGUGGUUUACAGUCAUAAAAGCAAACACAAACAUUACAUAACAACAUAAUACACAUUAUUAAACAAAGUAUAAAUAAUACAAUUCUAACAAUAAAUCACACUUACAUGACCAGAUCAAGGGAACGGGAACCAUAAAACCAAUAUAUUAAAAUGUAUCAUUUUAGGCUAGGGAAAUCUUGUGCAAUAAACGAGGCACAGAAGAGAAAAUAGCAACCCGACAAAAGACCCAUUUUCCCAUUAACAAGCCGAAAGGAACAGUUAGUUAAUGGUUUUUCCAGAUCCUUAUCAGUCAUUGCUUUUAAAUUGACGCGUGACUGCGGACCUGAAGCCGCUCCGGACAAUGAGUGACCGCAAGCCCCGCUUUGCACAGUUUCAGGGGGCAAAUUCUCUAACUAGAAAAUGUUUUUGCUAAUAGCAAUUCCAACCAGCCUGUUCUGGAAACCGCAAAAAGUAUUGGCGAGGCGUGCUUCUAUUUCUCAAAGUGGUUGGAACCGGGAGCUGGGUUAUUAUUGUUCUGUUUUGUCCCAGUUAUAGUCCAUGUCUCCACAAUGUGCGAUGAUGAUAAUGAUGGUGAUGAGGCUCACAGUGCUCACGGCAUUAAAAACUGUACAAUAUAAAACCUACCAUAUAUGAAUAUUAUUUAUUUAUGUAUUUACAGUUCAGUAGAGUCUCACUUAUCCAACAUAAAUGGGCCAGCAGAACGUUGGAUAAGUGAAUAUGUUGGAUAAUAAGGAGAGAUUAAGAAAACGCCUAUUAAACAUCAAAUUAGGUUAUGAUUUUACAAAUUAAGCACCAAAACAUCAUGUUAGACAACUAAUUUGGCAGAAAAAGUAGUUCAAUAUGCAGUAAUGCUUUAGGAAUUUAGCACUAAAAUAUCACGAUGUGUUGAAAACAUUGACUACAAAAAUGCAUUGGAUAAUCCAGAACGUUGGAUAAGUGAGUGUUGGAUAAUUUAGACUCUACUGUAUUUAUAUUCUAUUUCUCACCCCGAGGGGACUCAGGGCGGAUCACAAUGCACAUAUACACGACAAACAUUCAAUGCCAUUAGACAUGCAACAUAUAUAGACAGACACAGAGACAAUUUAACAUUUUCCAGCUUCCGGCUUCAUGAAGGUAUGCUCGAUUCCGGCCACAGGGGGAGUUGCCGCUUUACUGUCCACUUGUGACACCGAGUCCUUGAUGGAGUACUUCCUCAUUCUUCCGCACGCUGCUGGAGAUUAGUUAAAUUAGCCUCCUUGUAUAAAGCAGUACCUAAAUUUCCUACUUGACAUAGUUAUGUUGGUGCUGCAGAAUCGUAAUCGUGUGUCUGUAAAUCACCAAUAUUCCAUAUGCUUUGAUGUCUUUUUUUAUUAAUCAUUUUUAUUGCUUUUCAAGUGUUAUUUUACAACUAAAGUGAGGAAAACAAUUCCGUGAGGGAUGAGGUUGGGUAAGGUAGGGGAAAGGGAUGGGUAGAGAGGGUAUAGGAAAAAGAAGGGAAAUAAGAAAGAAAAAGGGGGGGGGAAUUAAUAAAAAAUGAAAUAAAAAAUAAAAAGAGAAAGACUUCCUUUUGUCCUCCUGAGGAGUUAUAUUUUCGUGAUUUCAUCCGUUUCAAUGUCCAGUUGACCUUUCAUACUUCAGAUAAAUCAAUUGUAAAUAUGUUUCCGUUCUUACGUAUAAAGUCUUUGAAGCUUGACCAAUCCGUUCUUACCUUUGCGUCUCUUAAUUUCUGCGUUAGAAUGUCCAUUUGUAUCAGGUCUAGUAAUUUCAAGAUCCGUUCAUUUAUAGAGGGUAUCUUAUUUUGUUUCCAUACUUGAGUGAGGACUAUCCUGGCAGCACUAUCCAUUCGAAAAAGCAUUCUGUCCUGAUUUUUAUUCAUUUUUCCAAUUGUAAAGCCUAAUGCUUUGAUGUCUUUGGGGGGGGGGGGGGUUCAUUUAGGAAGCAGACACUGUUUAGGAAUUAGUUUUGGGAUAACUGGGUGCUAUCCCGGCCCCUUCUACCCUGUUUCCCUGAAAAUAAGACAUCCCCAAAAAAUAAGACCUAGUAGAAGUUUUGCUGAAUUGCUAAAUAUAAGGCCUCCCCCAAAAGUAAGACCUAGCAAAGUUUUUGUUUGGAAGCAUGCCCGGCACCCGCCAAACAAUACACCAUAGCAUGCAGGAUUGGUAUAUGUACAUAAUAAUAAUAAUAAUAAUAAUAAUAAUAAUAAUAAUAAUAAUAAUAAUAAUUUUAUUUUUAUACCCUGCCUCCAUCUCCCCAGAGGGACUCGGGGCGGCUUACAUACCAGUUGUAUAUGGAAAUAAUGGUAGUAACAAGAAAUUCUUGACAGGAGUCAGAGUUUGUCUGGUUUAGUUAUAUUGGUUUGUGAUGACAACUACUGUACAGCAUAGAAUCAAUGUUCAUUUGAAUAUGAAUUCUUCUUAAUGGAAAAAUAAGACAUCCCCUGAAAAUAAGACCUAGCGCAUCUUUGGGAGUAAAAAAUAAUAUAAGACACUGUUGUCAUUUAUAGUACUUCAUUGACUAUGUCAAAUGUGUAACUAUCUCCUCCCGAUUUGACACAUUCACCUUUCGGCCCAGACUUGUGUUUGACAUACCUGUUUUAACAUUUUAUCUUGUAAGAUUGUCCUUUUCGAUUGUUUUACCGAUAUUGUUGAUUUAUUGUUGUAAAUUUAUGUUUUUGUUUUGAUUUUGUAUUAUGAUGUUGGGCAAGGCCCCAUGUGAGCCGCCCCGAGUCCCUUCGGGGAGAUGGGGCGGGGUACAAGAAUAAAUUAUUAUUAUUAUUAUUA